GCAUGGUCUGGUAGCAGAUAUACAUUAGAACUGCUUUUUGCUGUUGUUACAUACGGAAGGAUUUUCGAGUGAGGGCUCUAAGGUGGAAUUCAUUUAUCACUAAAUAGACUAUUUAUUAUUGCAAUAUGGACUUUUUUGGCCAAGAUAAGUCACCGAUGAACACCACCAUUCCGACUGAAAACUGGACAUCUGUAUACUCUAUAGUUCGAUGUAUUCAAAUGACAAUGGCCGUCCUAAGCAUUGUAGGUGCUGGCUCCAUAAUUGGAUAUGCCAUUUAUACCAGACUAGUAAAAAAACCAGAGGUGCUCCCCUUAUUCUUGUUGAGUUUAACAGACCUGCUGUUAGCUUUGAGUUGGAUGGUUGGUGGUCUUCUCUUCACCCAGAACUGUGACUCUUACGACGUCUGCUACAACCUCCACAUAGUGGAACAGACUCUUUAUAUGGCCUCCUUCUUUUACACGCUGCACUAUGUUUGGGUGCUUUACGCCGGGCUGAGCAGAAAGUAUUACAGGAGACUGAAUGGGCUCCCAGCCGAGAAUCCAGCAAGAGCAAGAAAUUGCAGAUGUCUGGCCCCAGUACUGUCGUGUGUUUUGCCUUUAAUACUCACGGCGCCCGUCUUCGUGGCAGGAAAUGUGUUUCGUUGUUACACAAACUUCACCCAGCCCUACAGAUGUUUGCUGAUGCACACAGGGGCUGUUUAUCUCACCUCAUAUGUGACGAUGGAAGCCGCAGCAUGUGUUGCCAUUCAAAACUAUUGCAUGGUCAUUUUCCUCGCCACCUUCCUUUUCACCUUCAUCGGCAUCACGAUUCUGAUGUGUAAAGCUCGCUCGCUGUACAAGCGCGUCGUCACGUCUCAGGGGUUUUUCGGUGACCAUCACUGGGCAACUCUGCGGCUCCUGGAGCGACGGAUGCUGCUUUAUCCCUCCGCUUUCUUCUUCUGCUGGGGUCCGGCAAUAUUACUGGCCACUCUGAUGAUGGCGAAACCGGACAUAAUCGAGGGAAGGAUGGGAGUCGUUCUCUACAUCCUACAGGCCUUGACCUCUGCAUCUCAAGGUCUGUUGAAUUGCCUGGUUUACGGCUGGACUCAACAACACUUUCGCUCUCUGAGCAGCAGCACCGUACGAGACGCAAACACACAGACUCCUCUGUUACGCUCUCAGAAACCAAACUACGCCGCUCUGCGUUCAGCUGCGUCACUCACUAAUUUUGUCUGACACACACACACACACACACGUACUUCUAUGCAUUGGGCAGAUGCUUUAAAUCAAAGCGA